UUAAAAUGUGGUCUGCACCCAGUUGCCAUUCUUUCCUCGACCGUCCCGGAGCCGCCGAGACGAUGAACCAACGCGCGCCAGCGUCUGCCAAGCCGCCACGCGUCUCGGUGGGCGUGCCCAACUGGGCGAAAUCUGACGUUGACAUUCUCCUCUCGCUCGUCAGCGAAAUGCUGCCGCUGACGCAGCAGCAAUGGCAGCGCCUAUCCCAGAUCUACAACAAACACCCCGACCGCCUCCACGAACGCGACUGGGAAGCGGUGAAGCGCAAGUUCAACAAGCUCCGCAGCACGGGACGCACCGGCGACCCCGACUGCCCCGAAGAUGCCCGCUGGGCGCGUGACCUCCAGCACGAGAUCGAGCUCAAGGGCGACAAAAACUACCACGAAGACGACGACGCAGGCUCGUCCCGCGGCGAUAGCUCCAUGCGCGACGACGACGAGGCGGCGGCGGUCGACCAUGCGCACGAGCGACGUGAGUUGCACAAUGACGGCGACGCACAGAGCAUUGCGCGCGUCGUGCAUCCGGCCACCGAGCCCGACGCGCCCGAGCUGCCACGCACGUCGCGUGUCGCUGUCCUCGAGCCGUCCGAGCGGUCUUUCGUCGAGCCUGUGCGCCGCGUGCGCAAGCGCGCCUACGACGAGUCGGUCGCCGCCGCCACCUCGGACGUUGACGGCGGUAACCCCUUCAAGCGCCCAUCACCGGCGAUGGACACCGAGACGCUGCAACGAGGCGGCCUCUCGACCGAGCUUGUGACGCUGCUCAUGCUCAUGGACGAGCGGUCGCAGCUGCGCAUGGAGCAACGCGAAGAACGCGAAGACGCCCGGCGGCGCGAGCGCGAAGAGCGAGACGAAGCCCGUCGGCUCGCUCUGGAAGAACGGUACUUGAUGGAGCAGCGGAUCCGCGACGAGCAGCGCCGAAAAGAUGAAAUGCGCCAUGAACGGACCGAGCGUCUCCAGAUGCUGCUCUUCUCCAAGCUCCUUGGCGUCGACGUGAGCAAACUAAACGAGGACCCACCUACUAACUAAUCCACUUGCGCCUUGCACGCGAUACGACAAAUGAUUGGCCUCGACCUACAUACAAUCCAUGAGGUGCUUGC